AUGACGACUAACUAUUUGGUGCCAAACACUAAACCGAUUAAUGGAAAUGUAUUUCAUUCAUUCGAAAAGAUAAAUGAAAUAUUCGCAAAGAAUGACGGUAGAAGAUAUUAUAGAGAACUUGAAAGUUCAUGCUAUGACUCUGAUGCUCCAUAUUUUGAUGAUAAACAAACUCAUUUAAGAAUUACAAAUCCGGCUCAUGAUGUGAACCAAUUAGGUGACACAUAUAUUAAACGCAAAGUUAAAGCAACUCUAGUUUCAAAUAAAGCUUUCACAUGUGAUGCCGCUUUUAAAUGCAUGCGUUUAUUCGUUGGUUACAAAUCAUCAAAUCAAAGCUUUAAACAAUUAGAAGUAGAAACCGAAAGAGGUGAUGCCGGUUAUCUUCAGAUGGAUUGCGCCCGUGAAUCUUUCGCAUUUGCAACAUAUAAACCGAAAUCAGAAAGGAAAGUUAAAAAGUUUGUUCAUCGUUAUAUAUAA